GCAAGAAAGGAGAUGGUGUGAGGCCCCUGGUGAAUGCCUGAGACAGACCAGCCAUCCAGUCCAGCCAACUCCGUCUCUGAAAAGUGACUGAAGUGGAAGUAAAAUCAUUUCAGGAAUGAGGUGAACACCAAUGAUGCAGCCAUGUGGCCCAGGGCCUGGAACCUGCUGGGAAUUGUUCUGCUCUUCCACUUCUCUAAAGGCCUUCAAGAUUGUGGGGACAUCCGUCUGUCAGCCUCUGUUAUCCAUCUGGGUGCCUCCAUCACAGCUUCAUGUACCGUCACCCCUAACUGCAGCAGCCUGGCUGGGGUAGCCAAGGGAAUUCUGUGGAAGCUGGACUGGGAGAAGCUUCCUGAGGGUUGGCAAUAUCAGAGGGAGGAUGGAACUCUGGCAUCCAACAUUACCCUCCCCCACCUCAACCGUCCCCGUGCCAUGCUCUCCUGCUGCCUGCUUGUGGCAGGGACUCCCCAGAUCAUAGGACAGGCAGAGCUGCAGGCUGGCUACCCCCCUCAGCCACCCAGAAACUUCUCCUGCAUCAUGAACCUCACAGCCCAGGUCCUCACCUGUCAGUGGGAGCCUGGCCCCAACACAUACCUGACCACCAUCUUCACUCUGAAGAGUUACAACUCUAGGAGCAAGGAUAACUGCCAGUCUAGAAAACAGCCCCUCCCAGACUGUGUCCCCCGAGAUGGUGAAAGCCAGUGCUCCAUCCCCCGAAGCCAGCUCAGCAUGUACCAGAAGAUAGACAUCUGGGUGAAGGCAGAGAAUGUGCUGGGAGGGGCCGAGUCUCCACACCUGUGCAUCAACCCCAUGGAUGUGGCAAAGCUUGAACCCCCAAUACUUCAGGCUGCUAAGGCCAGGCUAGGCCCAGGCUCCUCCUUACCCCAGCCUGGAUGUCUCCAGCUAAAGUGGGAGAAGGGCAGGAUGAGCAAACAUGUGGAGCAGACCUGUGACCUUCGGUACCAGCGUCCUGGGGAGCUGUCCUGGGUCAUGGUGUCACCCUUCUUGAAUUCAGAUUCCCAACAUGAGGGAGAGUAUGACCUCUGUGGCCUCCUUUUUGCCACCCGCUAUGCCCUGCAAAUGCGGUGUGUCCGUUGGUCCCUGGGUGGGCAACUAGGUGGUCACUGGAGUGACUGGAGCCCCAGCCUAGAACUCACUACCACAGAGAGACGUCCCAUGGUUAGACUGGAUGUGUGGUGGAGGCAACGAGUACGGAAACUGAGCACUAUGAUGAUGGACAUCCAACUUCUCUGGAAGCCAGUGGCCACAGAGGAAAGCAGUACCAGGAUCCAAGGCUAUCUGGUCUUCCCGAGUCCUCGAAGCCAAGAUGGGAAGUCCCCACCCCUCUGCAACACCACAGAGCUGAACUGCACCUUCCAACUGCCAGAGGGGGAUCAGGAGGUCACCCUCACAGCCUAUAACACAGCAGGAGAAUCUCCCCCCACCACCAUCAUCUUCCAGGAAUGCCGAGGUGCUUCUCUGUCCAGCAUCCACACCUCUGCCCCGGAUGCUUACAGCCUCUGGGUAGGAUGGGAACACCCCCUAGGCCAGACCCUCCCCAGGGCUUAUGUGAUAGAGUGGUGCUUAGCUCCAGCCCACCAAGAGGAUGACUGCAAUGGCAACUGGAAGACUGAGUCCAACGGCGGAAGCACUGGGACUCUGCUGGAUGAGAAUAUCACGCCCUUCCAUCUGUACAAGAUCACUGUGUCCCCCCUGUACCACGGCGCCAUGGGGUGUCCCCAGCACAUCUAUGCCUACUCCCAAGAAAAGGCCCCAUCCCAUGCUCCUAAGCUAAAGCUGAAGCACAUCGGAAGGACCUGGGCAGAGCUGGAAUGGGAGCCUGGAGCCCCAGAGCUGGGGAAGAGCCCCAUCACCCUAUACACUGUCUUCUGGACCAACGCUCAGGAUAAGGGAUUCUCCAUCAUCCUAAAUGCCUCCUCUCGAAGCUGCACCCUCCAAGGCCUGGCACCCAACAGCAUGUACCGCGUCCAUCUCAUGGCUUCCAACCAAGCUGGAGGCAUUAAUAGCACAGACCUCACUGUGGUGACCAUAGCCCUCGAGGAGAAAGAUAUCAAUGUGCUCUUGAUCCUAAUCAGCCUCUUCUCGGUGAUGACUUUCUGCAUCAUCUCACUUGUCUGUCUUCAUAAGAACCACAAGAUGAAGAAUCAAUUCUGGCCAAAUGUCCCGGACCCAGCCCAUAGCAGCCUGGGCCAGUGGAUCCCCACAAUCCUUCCUGGGGAAACCAUUCAUUUGUCAAGCCUGAGGGACUCUGCCAUGCCCCCUGUCUCCAAGAUCAUAGUCCUGAAGGAGGAGGAGAAGAAGCCACCGCCACAGACAAGAGGGACAGAUGAAGAGGCUAAGAACCUCCCUAACCUGGUCCAGGCUUACAUUCUCCAGGGGGAUCCCUUCCUACCAGAGCCCCAUCCCAGCUCCAAUGACCCCAUCCAGUACGGGAAGGUAAUGGGAAACCAAGGAUACCAGAGUCAGCACAGAUCCCCUGCCAGGCUCUACUUGCGCACGGAUUCCACACAGCCCCUCCUGGCUGACCUCACCCCAAGCCCCAAACUCUAUGAGAACAUGUGGUUCCAGAGAAGUCCCCCUGGAUCCAGGGCUCCCAGCUCUCAAGGCUUCCCAGAAGAGGAUAUUGAUGACUCUGCCUUCCUUCCCCACUGCCCACAUGGACCACUCCUUGAUUUUCCCCUUCUGCAAGGUCUGAGGAUUGAAGGAGCUGAUGGACUGGGGAGCAUUUAGAAUCCCUUAUAGACUCCCACCUCAACCUCCUUCCUUCCAUGCUGUGGGAUGUCCUCCCACACAUGGACCUGGGAGGAAGAAUCCCUUAACUUCCUACUCUUCUCAAGUAGGCAGGAGACUUGGGCUGUCCUAAUGCAGAAUACAACUGAGUUAAUGGUGAGGGUCUUCUCUGCACAGUGGGGAAGUGAGGAUGAAUCACUAAAAGAGCCUAGAACCCACCUAUCCCCAAAAUGGACUGCCCUCUCCUCCAGCCCCUUUCCCUUGUCCAGAGAGAUGUUACCUGCCCCAGAGUGGAAGGCCCUGGCUGCCCCACCAAGGGAUUUCCCCACCUGUAUUAUGUCUGUUCUAUGGGCAAGAAAAAAAACUGUGUAUAUUUCCUAAGAUCAAAGACUCCUACCCUUGCUCCUUCUUGUACCUGCCCAUGACUUCCAAAUGGACAAUAUUUCAAA